CCCCUCUGUCAUAAACUUCAUUUCUAGUUGGAUUAAUUAUCAGAUAGCAUGCCUGAAUGUCCACAGAAAGGGAGAGAUUUGAGGAGAUAGGCAAGAAGAUCAAGAGAGAAUCAGAUGGCUUUCCACAGAUCAUGGGAGGAAUUAGGAGUAGGCAUUUGUCGUCGUCGUCGGCAAUUAUAAAUACGAUAACGCCAUGCGCAGCUUGCAAGCUCUUGAGACGACGGUGUGCUCAAGAAUGCCCGUUUUCUCCAUAUUUCUCACCUCACGAGCCUCACAAGUUUGCUUCUGUUCACAAGGUGUUCGGCGCAAGUAACGUCUCCAAGAUGCUAAUGGAAGUUCCAGAGAAUCAAAGAGCAGAUGCAGCAAACAGCCUUGUGUAUGAGGCAAAUGUGAGGUUAAGAGAUCCCGUGUACGGAUGCAUGGGUGCCAUCUCAGCUUUACAGCAUCAGGUACAACUCCUUCAAGCAGAACUCAACACUGUCCGAUCCGAGAUUUUUAAGUACAAGUACACUCGGGACACUUCUACACCUACUGCUUUGCUCCCUACACCAUCUCCCCACAUAAGUAAUUUGCUCUCCUCCGGCGCCGUUUCUAUUGCCGCCCCUCCGCCUCCUCCUCCUCCGCCACCGCCGCCCCUCACUCCUUCCUCCUCCCCGGUGUACGCCGCCGUCACAGCGGCUGAGUUUAGCACAAUUUCCACUGAAAACAAUAAUCUCACGUAUUUUGGUUAAGUUAUUAUUAUUAUUAUUAUUAUUAUUAUUAUUACUACUACUACUACUACUACGGAUCUUAUAUAUGCCUUUUUCUUUCCCGAAAAAAAAAUCUAUAUAUAUUUAUAUAAUUUUGCCAGUCUUGAGGAAGGUUCUUCGUGCACAAUAAAUUCAAUUGAAAUUAGAUUUCUCGUAUAUUAACUGUUUUAUAGUGCCCCAGUUAACGAUAAGCCCGCUGCUUCAUUCAUUCCUAUAAACUUUGUAUCCAUAAUGUAUUUAUAAUUGAUAUUGAUAUA